AUGUUUUCCAGAUCGGCCCUCCGGGGCGUCUUCGACGUCCAGCGGACAACAGCAGGUCAAUCGCUCGUGUCGUCCUUCAUACACCAGCUUCCCCGACGAGCAUGCCUCCAUCAAGCAUCGACGGGCUCCCAAUUCCAGGCGACGCCCCAUGAAAUCCCACCUCAGAGUGUGCCGUCCUCGACACCAUCAUCAUCAUCGUCAUCGUCACAGUCCUCGCAAUCAUCACCCUCAACAGUACCAUCUACUGCUACGACAACAUCCGAACCGGAAUUUGCCCCCCAAACUCGCAACUAUAUCCCCCGCGAGAAGCUGCCUGUGCCGCCCAUCUUCACGGAGCCGCUCAAGAUCAGCAAGUCUCUCGCCUCCAUGCUGCCGUACCUAACGACCCAACGGCCGCACUACAUUUCAGCGCACCUGCACGCGCGGCCCUACCUGCUGACGGAAGGCGACCACCUCCGCCUCCCGUUCCGGAUGCCCAAGGUGAAAGCCGGGGACAUCCUGCGAUUCAACCGCGCGUCGGUGAUCGGGUCACGGGACUACACGAUGAAGGGCACCCCGUACAUCGACGAGCGCAUGUUCGAGUGCCGGGUGCGGGUGCUCGGCGUGGAUGCGGAGCCGAUGCGCAUCAAGGAGAAGACGAAGCGGCGGCAGCGGCACGUCCGGCACAUCAAGAGCAAGCACAAGUACACGCUGAUGCGGGUGAUGGAGUUGAAGGUCAAGUCGUUGGAGGAGCUGUUGGAGGAAGGGGCCCAGAUUGUGGAUGACGGCGAGGCGGAUCCUACGAUUGAGAAGAAGGUCUAG